ACCGCAGAGGAGUUCCCCGAAGGCUCGAGCGGGAAGGGUUUCCAGGUCCCUGUGUGAAGGGCCGUCGGCGGCCUGGCCCUCCCUCCUGUGUGUGUGGGCACAGCUCCGAGCUGCCUCGCUGGGGACCAGCUUAGGUCUCUACCUGGGACCCAGCAUCCUUGGCUCUAAGUGCCCGUCACCUGCUCACACCCCAGCCGCUCACUCACCCCAGGACUCUGACAUCACCGCCCCUCGACCAAUGGGCAGAGCCCAGCAACGUGUGAGGAUGUGAAUGUCAGCUACCUCCCCCACCCCGCCCUGUGGUUGAAAGAUGCUCUAACAGGAAGCGGGUUUGGGGCGCUGCGCUGCUUCCUGCCCUCCGGGCUGAGCAGGCUGAGGGGCAAGUGCCAGGUCGGCCACGAGACAGUUUUGUGCCGGGUCCUGGCAGCUUCCUCUUCCACCACCACUUCCCCGCGGCCGGAGCCCCAGAGGCAGGAGCUGCUGCCUAUUGCCCAGGCCGCCUCCACCCCCAGUUCGGAGCCCUGCCCCCUGGGCUGGGCCAAGCCCGCAGGCUGGCUAGGACUUUCCUGGGGGACCCGUAGGCCAAAGGUUUUGGGGGACGGAGGUGGCUGGGCCAGAGGCCUGGGCUCCAACCAUGAAGUCUCGGCAGAAAGGCAAGAAGAAGGGCAGCUCGAAGGAGCGGGUGUUCGGGUGCGACCUGCAGGACCACCUGCAGCACUCGGGCCAGGACGUGCCCCAGGUGCUGAGGAGCUGCGCGGAGUUCGUGGAGGAGUACGGAGUGGUGGACGGCAUCUACCGCCUCUCAGGGGUCUCCUCCAACAUCCAGAAGCUCCGGCAGGAGUUUGAGGUGGAGCGGAAGCCAGACCUGCGGCGAGAUGUUUACCUCCAAGACAUCCACUGCGUGUCCUCCCUGUGCAAGGCCUACUUCAGAGAGCUGCCCGACCCCCUCCUCACCUACCGCCUCUAUGACAAGUUUGCUGAGGCUGUGGCGGUGCAGCUGGAACCUGAGCGCUUGGUCAAGAUCCUAGAGGUGCUUCGAGAACUCCCUGCCCCAAACUACAGGACCCUGGAGUUCCUCAUGCGCCACUUGGUGCACAUGGCCUCAUUCAGUGCCCAGACCAACAUGCACGCCCGCAACCUGGCCAUCGUGUGGGCCCCCAACCUGCUGAGGUCCAAGGACAUCGAGGCCUCGGGCUUCAAUGGGACGGCAGCCUUCAUGGAGGUGCGCGUGCAGUCCAUCGUGGUGGAGUUCAUCCUCACGCACGUGGACCGGCUCUUUGGGGGCGCUGCCCUCUCCGGUGGGGAGCUGGAGAGUGGAUGGCGGUCCCUUCCAGGGCUCCGGGCAUCGAGCAGCCCCGAGGACCUGAUGCCCAGGUCGCUGCCCUACCACCUGCCUAGCGUCCUGCAGGCUGGCGACGGCCCCCCCCAGCUCCGGCCCUAUCACACCAUCAUUGAGAUCACAGAGCACAAGAGGAAAGGGUCUUUGAAGGUCAGGAAGUGGAGAUCUAUCUUCAAUCUGGGUCGCUCUGGCCAUGAGACCAAGCGGAAAUUCCCACGGGGGGCUGAGGACAGGGAGGACAAAUCUGACAAGGGGACCCUGCGGCCAGCCAAGAGCAUGGACUCCCUGAGCGCUGUGGCCGGGGCCAGUGACGAGCCAGAGGCGCUCCUGCCGCCCAGCAGCCCCCGGCCAAGCCCCCUGGUGCCUGAGAGCUUGGAGGAUGAUUCUGCGGAGGCAGCAGAGGGUGAACCAGAGCCCGAGGCAGGGGCCCUGGGCAGCACCAACUCCGAGCCAGGAACGCCGCGCCCCGGGCGGUCAGCGGCCCGUGCUGGGGGCGGCAGCCGGGCUGAGCGCUGCGCCGGCGUCCACAUCUCAGACCCGUACAACGUCAACCUCCCACUACACAUCACCUCUAUCCUCAACGUGCCUCCAAACAUCAUCUCUAACGUCUCCUUGGCCAGGCUCACCCGCGGCCUGGAGUGCCCUGCCCUACAGCCCCGGCCAAGUCCCGCCUCUGGCCCCUGCCCGGGCCCCGGCCCCCCAGAUGAGAAGUCCGAGGCAAGUCCAGCCCCAGGUCCCCUGGCUGACUCCAGCCCAGCAGCCUUGGCCCCUGCCCUGGAGGACUGCCUGUCCCAGGAGGUGCAAGACUCCUUCUCCUUCCUGGAGGACUCCAGCAGCUCAGAGCCUGAGUGGGUGGGGGCGGAGGAAGGGGAGGCGGCCAAGGCAGGAGCAGCAGGUGCAGCAGGAGCAGGAGCAGCCUUCUCCCCUGGGGAGGACGACCCUGGGAUGGGCUACCUGGAGGAGCUGCUGAGAGCGGGGCCUCAGGUGGAGGAGUUCUCCGUGGAGCCGCCCCUGGAUGACCUGUCUCUGGAUGAGGUGCAGUUUGUCCUGGCUCCCAGCUGCUGUUCCCCGGACUCCCCGGGGCCUGGGCCCGAGGCAGAGGAGGACCCCGGGGAGGAAGUCUUCCUGAGUGCCUAUGAUGAGCUCAGUCCUCUUCUGGGGCCCCAGCCCCCGGCCGGGGAGGGGCCGCGCAGCCUGGAGGCUCUGGGACAGGCUGAGCGGGUGCAGGCAUGCUGGGAAGUUGAGGAGGACAAGGAGACGGAGCAUGGCAGCAGAGGGCACAUCAGAGAGGAGGCUGAGGGGAGCCCAGAGAACAAGGCGGAGGCUGGAGAGGCAGGAGAAGGCGGGGAGGCUGAGGGGGGCCCAGAGAGGGUGGUCAAUUUGAGGGAAGAAAGUGGGGGGGAGACAGAGGCCAAGGAAGAGUCCGGAGGUUGGCAGGAGGGUGAGAGCAUGGAGGCAGCGAAGGGUGUGGAGCGAACAGGAGAGCCAGGUAAAGACAAGAGAACAAAGACUGAAAGACAGGAAGAGGCUGAGGAAGGAGAGGAAGCUCAGGCGGAAGCUGGAAGGGACCUGGAGCAGGGGGCCCAGGAGGUGCCAGCUGCUGGGGAGAGCUGGGAAGCUGUCCACACACCAGUGGCCGAGGAAGGCAGAGAGAAUGAGGGUAAAGUCAGAGGGCAGAGGGAGAACAGAGACCGAGAAGCCAGAGCAGACCAAGGAGAUGGUGAAGACAGCGCAGAAGCAGCCGAAGGAGGAGCAGCGGAGGCCAGCAGGGAGCGGGAGAGCGGGGAUGGAGAGGCGGAGGGAGAGCAGAGGGCUGGAGGAGGCCAUCGAGAGGGGGGCUUCCUCCUCCCAGGGCUGCAUGCAGUGUCCCUAGAGGUUGACAAUGCCAAAGAGGGCAGUGCCCAGGCCUCUGAGACCCAACAGGCAGCCCCACAGCCACCCUGGCCAGAGGAGAUGGAGCCUGAGGGGCAGCCCAGUCCAGAGGGCUGCCAUCUGUGCCCCUGUCCCCUUAGCUCAGCUGGCAGCGUGGGCAUGCGCCUGGCCUCCACCCUGGUUCAGGUCCAACAGGUCCGCUCUGUGCCGGUGGUGCCCCCUAAGCCACAGUUUGCCAAGAUGCCCAGUGUAAUGUGUAGCAAGAUCCAUGUGGCACCUGCAAACCCAUGCCCAAGGCCUGGCCGGCUGGAUGGGACUCCUGGGGAAAGGGCCCGGGGGUCCCGGGCCUCCCGCUCCUCUUGGAGGAACGGAGGCAGUCUUUCCUUUGAUGCUGCCGUGGCCCUGGCCAGGGACCGCCAGAGAACCGAGGCGCUGGGGGUGUGGCGGACCCAGACCUGUCCCGGGAGCGAGGACUACAGCCUCAUCCCCGGAACCUCUCCCUGUAGCAUGAUCCCUGCCCAUUCCCCGCGGCCCCUCAGUUGCCUAGAGCUCCCACCCGAAGGCACAGGAGGGUCUGAACCCCGGAGUCGGUUUAGUCUGCCCCCCCGAGAGCCCCAGGCUCCUCAGCCUCUUUCGCCCCCACAGCGCCGAUCCUAUGCGUUUGAAACACAGGCUGACCCUGGACGAGUGAGGGACCAUGAUUAGCACCAGAGCACUGGGCGCAGGGGCCAGAAAGUUGUCUUCAGUCUCUGGGGACCUGACUAGCUGUCUCCCCAGCCUGAGCAGCGGUGGCCCCCACUCUUUAGGCUCUGGCCCCCCGACUCCUCUGGGACUGUGGGGGGCAGUCUGGUGGGUUUGCCUGCGCUUGUCUCCGACACCAAGCACCUCUCCCUUAGGAGCUUCCCAGGAAAGUCACCAAGAGCCUGUUCCUAGGGAGUGAGGCCAUGGCCGGAGGGUGGGCAGGCACCCCAGCGGCUUCCCAAGGGCCGAGUGCAGGCGGGGAGGGCAGGCCGGGCGGCGCCUGGCGCGCACUCUGGGGCUGUCCGGUCCCGGGGCCGUUCUCCACCCGGUGGCCCGCCUGGCCCGCCGGCCCAGGUCAGAACCAGCCGGAAGCGCCUGGGACCUCAGUGUCGGUGGGCGGGUCCGGCUCCGGCUCCGCCAGCCCCUGCACCGCCGGCCUCCGCGCUGAAGGAAGAGCGGCCUCCUGCCGAUCGCUGGGCCUUUUCCUUUGAAACAACUUCCUCCUCUUUCAGGGAAGGGAACGGCGUCACUCAGACCCUGGCCCGCGUCUCCAUUCUCACAAGGGCCCGUGUUUUAGAAUAAAAGCUGUGUUUUCACAUGUG